AUGACGAUUACUCAUGCUGCACUAACAAACGAUUCAUCAAGUGUUCAGGGAAAAAAAUCAUGUCCUGUAUGUGCUCAAAGCUACCAUUCAAUACAUCAGUGUCCAACAUUCAUGCAAGCUACACCUAAGGACCGUAAAACACUAAUCAUUAAAGCAAAACUGUGUUUAAAUUGUCUAUGGUAUUCUCAUCAUACAAAUCAAUGUUCAAGUAGCAAGGUAUGUAAGAUAUGUACAUUAAAACAUCAUACUCUUCUUCAUAUAACAUCAGACCAUACGUCACAUCUCACUAGUGACAAAACAAUGGUUACAAACAAGACAGCUGGCGAGCAAGAGGUUCAAGCUGUCUCGACAGAGAUGGCUAACAAUGUUGUGGUUCAUCAUGGCACUACUCAAUCAACAAUUACAUCUACAACUCUAUUAGCCACAGCCUUAAUACACAUACAUGGUACUAAUGGUCAGACAGAAAUGUGUCGUGCGCUAUUAGAUUCUGGUUCCCAGUCUCACUUCAUAUCAUCAGCAUUGGCUAAACGUCUACAUUUGAAACGCCAGAAGCAUAAUGUAACCAUAGAUGGUAUCUCUAACACUACAACAAGUGUGCGGGAGAUAACAACAUUUGACAUCUCAUCUUGUACUACAUCAAGACAAUACAAAUUAAAUGCUCUGGUUACACCUAAGAUUACAAUAAACCUGCCUACAAAUAAAAUAGACAUCUCUGAAUGGAAACAUAUAAAUAAUCUACCCUUAGCUGACCCAACAUUCUAUAAACCAGGUAAAAUUGAUUUGUUAAUUGGUGUUGAGUUGUUCUUUAGGCUGCUAAAGACGGGUCAGUCAUGCGAAAACAAAGGUUGGCCUGCACUCCAGAACACUGGACUGGGAUGGAUUAUUGCUGGCGGUUAUGAACCACCGCUUAAGGGAACCCCACAAGUAAAAACACCACCUGUCUCACUACCGCAGUUCUAUCUACUUUAG